AAGUUAAGAUAUUUACGAAGGUUGCUUAGCUUUCGAGCUGUUGUAAAAAGAUCACGAUCGCAACUUGUGAAAGAGAGAGAGAGAUAUCGAGAGAUUCGGAUAUGGCUUGGUUAGCUAGAUCCAUCGCGAACUCACUCAAGCUCGACGAGGACGAUGGAGAUGAUGAAAAGAGACUUUCUGGUGAAGAUUCCGUUCCGAAUCAGUCGGUGUCGGAGUCACAGUCUCCUCGAGGGGUUAAGGAAGACAUCUCCGAGCUCACCAAGACCUUGAGAAGCCAAUUCUGGGGCGUAGCUUCGUUCCUAUCGCAACCGUCUUCGUCUCCGGAUCUCCAGGAGAGAAAUCAGAGUCCAGAUCAUGCGGAGGAGGAGGACGAGGAUCUGAUCGCUGGGAUUAGGAACGAUUUCGCGGAGAUUGGAGGGAGAUUCAGGACGGGGAUUUCGAAGCUCUCUGAGAACUUGCCGGUAUCCGAUUUCACCAAGAUCGCUUCGAACUUCUUACAGUUAGGUUCAGAAGGAGCCGAUCCGAAGGAUUACGGUGACAUAAUCGGAGUCACCGAGGAGCUAGUUGCGUUCGUGAGGGAUCUCGCGAUGCAUCCCGAGACUUGGUUGGAUCUUCCUUUACCUGAUGAGGAUGAUACCUUUGAUGAGUUUGAAAUGACUGAUGAUCAGCACGAGCAUGCUAUGGCCGUUGAAAGGCUUGUACCGAGCCUUUCUUCUUUGAGGAUUGAGCUUUGCCCUGAAUACAUGAGUGAGAAUUGCUUCUGGAUGAUUUACUUUGUGCUUUUGCAUCCUAAACUCACUCAACACGAUGCCUCGCUUCUCUCCACUCCUCAGGUACUCGAAGCAAGAGCAAUGUUAUCUCACGAGUUACAGAAAAUAAACAGAGCACCUGUGGAAGGAGAGAGUUCCGAAGCUAACGCUGCAGUGGUUGAACCUCUUACCGUAAAUCCGCAGGAGUUUGAGACAGACAAGCACACAGUUGAGAGCAAGGAGAUACAAGUCGUUGACAAAUCUGUGAUUGAAGAAAGAAACUCAUCAACUGAUUCUUCUUCUUCAUCCAGAUUUGUCAACGUGCAAGCUGAGGACGAAGAAGAAGAAGAAGAAGACGCAGAUGAUUGGCUGAACGAUGAAGAGAGUUCAGAUGCUGUGAGCGGCAUGGAAGGAGGAGCAACUACUAAGCAUCCUCUUGGUGAAGAAGACGAAGAAGAUGUGUCAUUCAGUGAUCUAGAAGAUGACGAUGAGGAAAGAGACGUACAGGUGAGUUCCAAGAGAUCUACUAACUCUAGUUCACCAGACUGGGUACAGAUAUAAGACAACCAACACAGGUCAGGUAAAAGAGAACAAAGAAUCAAACCAUUUGCUCAAUGUCGAUGAAAUGUAAUUUAAAUGACCUCUAGUGUUCUUUUGGUUAUAUAAAAGAUAUAAUCUCUUCUAUCAAUAAUCUGUUCGAUGAAAACUCACUCAUACGAGGCCUUUAUUAGAAACUACAAUGUUUGUAUAAAAGGUAGAAUUUGUUUA